AUGACCCACCUCAAGGUCCCCCCCGGCGGCGUCUGGGCGCCCGCAAUCACCUUCUUCAACCACAAAACCGACACGCUCGACAUAGACUCGCAAGCGAAAUACUAUGCGUACCUCUCGAAAACGGGCCUCGCCGGCCUCGUCGUCCUGGGUACAAACUCCGAGACCUUCCUCCUCACCCGCGAAGAACGCAAGACCCUCCUCGUAACUGCCCGCCAGGCCGUCGGAGACACAUACCCGAUCAUGGCCGGCGUUUCUGGCCACGGGACGAAGCAGGUCCUCGAGUUUAUCAGCGACGCUGCAGAGGCGGGCGCGAACUACGCGCUUCUCUUGCCACCGGCGUACUUUGGGAAACAGACGACCAAGGAGGUGAUUUUGGACUUCUUCGACGACGUCGCACGCGAAAGCCCCCUGCCCAUCGUCAUCUACAACUUCCCCGCCGUCUGCAACGGGAUCGACCUCGACAGCGCAACCAUCGCCUCCCUCGCCCAUCGCCACCCCAACAUCGUCGGCGUAAAGCUCACCUGCGGCGCCGUGGCGAAAAUCACCCGCCUCGCCGCCGAAUUCACCCCCGAGCAAUUCGCCGUCUAUGGCGGGCAGUCGGAUUUCCUCAUCGGAGGGUUGGCCGCAGGCUCCGUGGGCACAAUCGCGGGGUUCGCAAACGUCUUUCCGAAAACAAUCGUCCAGAUCUACGAGCUGUAUCAGAGCGGGAAGUUUGCCGAGGCGAUGGAGCUGCAUAAGAAAGCGGCGCUGGCGGAGCAGCCGUGCAAGGCGGGGAUUGCGUCGGUCAAGUACGCGGCUGCGAUGACGACGGCGAAGCAUGCGGGGAUCGAGGGGGCACUGGAGAAGUUGAGGCCGAGGCGGCCGUAUAAAGAGGUGGAUAAUGCGGGGAAGAUUGCGGUUAUGGAGUUGACGGCCGGGUUGGUUGGGAUCGAGGAUAGUUUAUAG